AUGUUUUCCCACAAGACUUUCAGGAUCAAGCAAUUCCUGGCCAAGAAACAAAAGCAGAAUUGGCCUAUUCCUCAAUGGAUUCAGAUGAAAACUGGUAACAAGAUCAAGAAGUACAACUCCAAGAGGAGGCACUGGAGAAGGACCAAGCUGGGUCUGGAAGGAGAGUCACAAGAGAUGCAUGGGCAUUUGCUGUGA